CCAAGAAACACAAAGCCCUGAUCGACAAAUGUCUCCUCUUCCUACAGCCCCGCAAACUUCCUCCAUUUCAGACGCUUCUCUCUCUCUCUCUCUCUCUUCAAUGGCUGCGCUCUCAUCUUCAGUUUCAGCCAACCCUUUCUUUACCUGCAUAUCCACUCCACGCUCUGCCAAGAAAAUUCCCAGAAAAAUUUCAUCUUCUUUUGAUUCUUUGAGCCCUUCUUCUUCUUCAUCUUCAUCCGCAGCUUUUCAUGAAUCUUCACCAGCGACAGGAACUGGGAGUUUGAGUGUAUCCGCAAAAGGGUCGAUUCCGAAAGGGCAGUUUGUUGAGCCUUUGAAGUCGCCGGAGUCACCCUACGAUUAUGCUUUGGCGAAUACGAAUGGGAGCGCGGUCGUGAAAUUUGUACAGUCUACUGAGUCUACCAUUGAGAAGGUCAUAUUCGACUUUCGCUUCUUGGCACUUCUAGCAGUUGGGGGUUCGUUAGCAGGUUCUCUGUUGUGCUUUCUCAAUGGAUGCGUCUACAUAUUUGAUGCAUAUAAAGUUUAUUGGAUAAGCUGCGUCAAAGGGGUCCAUUCUGGGCAAAUGGUUCUACGAUUAGUUGAAGCUAUUGAUGUAUAUCUGGCUGGGACCGUCAUGUUAAUAUUUGGGAUGGGCUUGUAUGGAUUAUUCAUUUCAAACGUGCCUCCCGAUAUACCUCCCGCCAUUGACCGAGCACUCAAGGGCUCUUCCUUAUUUGGCAUGUUUGCUUUGAAGGAGAGGCCAAAGUGGAUGAAGAUCAGUUCAAUUGACGAGCUGAAGACGAAAGUAGGACAUGUGAUUGUGAUGAUCCUUCUGGUGAAGAUGUUUGAGAGGAGCAAGAUGGCAACAAUAACUACUGGGAUGGAGUUGUUGAGCUACUCUGUGUGUGUAUUCUUGUCUUCGGCUUCUUUGUACAUUCUUCACAAUCUGCAUAAAUCGGAAGGCGACGAGCACUGAGACAACGACGGACAUUGUAAAAGACUCGGAUAGGACGAUUGCAGAUAAGUUAAUAAGUUUGCAGACCGAACUCAUUAACCGCUGGAUAGGAAUACAAUAGUAGUUAGUACUCAUCACCCCGUCAGUACGCAAUCACCACACAGAAAAUUAUUUUGUAAUUAAGUAAAAACAGUAUGAGGCGUUUGCCGGCGGGUCUAUUGCUUGGAAGGCAAUUAUCCUAACAAACGCUUGGUGAGAACAUGAAAGAAUUGUAAUAUUUACAAAGAAAGAGAUUAGUGAUGCAUUCAAUCAAGUUUGACACUUUCUUUUGCAUUUCAUCACGGUCGACACAACAACUGGAACAUGCCUACUCCUUAGCAUCUUCUGCAGUUGUUUUCUUUUCCCGUGGUGUAUAUUUAUAUUAGAGAAGAGCAAACUUACGUUC